AUAGCUCGCUGCGUAUAGUUAAGUUAGAUUAGGUUAGGUUAAGUUAAGAAAAUUCUUCCGUCUGACAUUACUGCUUAUGCUCGACUUUAGACGCGAAGGUGAAGAGUACCAGAAAGCGGUGAGGCGAUAUUGGCGAGAUUAUCGGACUCAACCGGGAUAUUAUUUACGUAUUAUCAUUUUAUAUAGUGAUGAAAAUCAGUCAUCGAGACGAGAUGAUCGCGAGGCAAGGUGUGACAGCAAAGUGUGACUUGCCAUAGUUUUAGAGAGACUCUCGUUUGUGUCUUUUGACAGUUAUCAUCCGGGAUCGCGUGUUCGUUGGCAAGAAUGUUCAAAUAUAUCUGGACUCUGAUAUGCUGGUACUUUAGGCCUUUCGUAAAAUGGUUUCUGCGUCACACCACGCAAAUGUGCGAACUCCAGAGGAUUUGUUAUGGGCAGCCGUCCGGAGCACCGCGCACGUUUGCCGUCGAGGAAUCCCUUAUGCAGUCCCGUAAUGCGAAUAUUAGGACUCUCGUUGCAUACCUGAACGACAUCGCUGAUCAACGAAGGAUAACCACAAGAACGGAGCGCAAGAUCUUGGAAGACGCUAUCAAGACGGUGCUAGUGACCAAGAACAUCAAUCCCACGGCGCAUCCGACCUUCGCUAAAUCUUUUGGCAAGUGCGUGGAGUUGAUCUGGGGUUACCGUCAGCUAUGCGUUGAGUGCGAGGAACUCAGAAAGACAUCGUAUAACACGGAGAAUCCAGAUCAUGAGCAGUUGUUGCUGAAAUUGUGGGAUUUGUUAAUGCCAUACGAAUCUUUGGACGCUAGAGUGACUAAACAAUGGCAAAAGAUCGGCUUUCAAGGAGAUGAUCCAAAGACAGAUUUUCGCGGAAUGGGAAUUUUGGGACUGGAGAAUCUCGUUUAUUUUGCUCAAGAGUAUCCUAGCACAGCCACACAUGUGUUGUCUCACUCUAAUCAUCCACGUUACGGUUAUGCAUUUGCUAUUGUUGGUAUAAAUCUCACGAGCAUGGCUCUGAAAUUACUAAGAGAUGGUAGCGCUAAAACUCACAUAUAUAACUCUUCAAAAACUCUGCCGAUGAUUCGUGCCUUUCAUCAGUUUUACUGUUAUUUGUUUUAUCAAUUUGAUGGAUUUUGGAUCGAGUCUAAACCUAGUAAUAUGAUGGAAUUUUCAUCAAUACAAGAGAAAUUCGAAAACAGUAUCAGAAUGGCAUUAGCGAAUCCAUCAACUGUUUUUAGGAUAAAUGUGGCAGUUGACAAUAUUUAAUGCAAAUACAAAUGCCUUUUACAUGUAAGACAAGACCAAAACAGGUAUAUGAAUGAUAAGUACAAUUUUUUUGGACUGGCAUAUAUAUACAUGAAACUUAUACUUAAUUAUAUUUUUCACAAUAUCUCAGCUUUAUUGUGAUAUUAAAAUGGCAUUUAAGUGAGUAGAUAGAUUUCUGUAUUAUGAAGCUAUUUUUUCUUUAUAUAGUGAUAAACUUGAAUGUCAUGAUAUCAUGUGUCUUAUAAUUUUAUUGCAUUUUUCGUAAAUGACUACAGGUUUAACUUUUUUUCUCAAAUUUAUGUAAUUUAUACAUAGAUAGAAAGAUAUAAGAAGUUUUUAUUUGUGAAGAAGUAGACUGCAAUACACUAUUUAGUUUAACUGCAUAUUAUAGAUUUAGAGAGCUACUACGUAUACAAUACCUAGUUUAUAUUGAUUUAAAUAAUUUUAUUAAAAUUAAAUUUAUAUAUUUAAUAUUUUUAGUAGAUCCAUGUAUGCUAUUGAAAUUUAAGCUUUAAGGCCCUCAGAUGCCACGAAGUUCCAUAUACAUAAUAUUAUGUGUCUACUGAUAUACAUAUAUAUAUAUAUUCUCAAAUCAAUACUUUUUGUCUACUUUAAUAUUUGGUAAUUAUUUUUUCAAAUAAUUAUUUCAAUUAAAAUAAUUAAAAAUUUGUUGAUUAAUCUCUAUGUGCCAUUGCUACAUGUAUUUAUUUUAACUAAUGAUUUUUUGCUUUUACGUUUAGCUUAUUCACAUAUAUAAAUAAAUAUUUGUUAUAUAUUUGAAAGUUAAAUUGUAUAGAAAAGCUUUGCAGAAAUAUUGGCUUUAAGGCCAUUGAAAAUAGAGACCUGCCACUGAAUAUCUUGAUAAUUUUAUGGGCAUUAUCAACAUUGUGCCUCAUAUAUUUUAUUUACUAAUAAUUCAAAGGCUUAUUAAUACAUUCAGAGUAUUUCUUAUACCCAAUGAAAACAGAUUGAACUAAAAACUAAAUAGAUCUAAAAGAAUCUCGAUUUUACAAAUCUACAACGAUUAGAUUCAUAUAGAACAUAUAUAUGCAUUGUAUGGACAAUUUUUAAAGAAAAUGUGCAUGUUU